CAUUCACAUACUUUUCCAUAAUCUAUCCCACUGCUCAGCUUUACCUUUUCUCUUCACCUAAGCCGCAAGUAUCCCCAGUACCCAGCCUUUAACCAUGUCUUCUGAACCUUACGACCCCUACAUCCCCUCUGGUUCCCAACCCCCAGCUGGCCCUUCUUCUAGCGGCAACAAUGCUCAAAGUACGAAGAUCCAAGCAAUCCAAUCGCAAAUUGACGAGACAAUCGACACUAUGCAUGACAAUAUUACAAAAGUCGCUGAACGAGGAGAAAGGUUAGAUGCUUUGCAGGAUAAGACUGACACCUUAGCCGUCUCUGCCCAAGGUUUCCGCCGCGGUGCCAGCCGUGUACGCAAGCAAAUGUGGUUGAAGGACAUGAAGAUGCGAAUAAUUAUCGCUGUCGGUGUCUGCGUCCUUAUCGUCAUCAUCGUCGUGCCUAUCGUCAAGGCCGUUCAGAAGUAAACAAUCUGCCUUCAUCCCCAAAUUUUUGGCCUUUGUUGAAAUAUUCGAAAUAUCGCUACCCACAACUAUGUGUAUACCCUUCCGCCCUGGUAUUUUAGGGUCCCCAGUUCCGUUUUUUCGUGUAUAUCCUAGCUUCAUUUACGGGGAAAACUGCGAAGAAUGGUAUUUAGUGGACGCUCAAGGAAUUUCUUACUUUCGCUCUCAAUCUUCGAUACUGGAUCGGGAUACGGAAAUGAAUGCUUUUACGACUUUAUAGGGCAUCUGCUGGUAAGAAGCAGACUGAUUGUAACUGCGACUGAUUAGAUAAGGAUCUUUGGUUCUGAAUUUUGCGGUAAUGUCUUGAUGCCCCGUGGCUGAUCGCAAAGAAACCAUCAUCUGUGACAACAGAUAUUUGCGCAAUAAUGUAUAAAAAGCUUAAGUCCUACCCAAAAACAGACUGAAAUACGCACUGCCUUCGUGGACAAGCAAGAGAUACGGAGAUAGUAUAUACAAAAAGACAAGUCAGGAUAGACGGUCGAUAAAAUCCAGCCAACAUGACAUGUUGCUGACAUCACUCAUUAGGACCAACGAGAUAUUACAUAUCCAACUCUUCCUAUAUAUCGCUGCCAUCUAAAAAACAGGUCAAUGUAAGGAAAUGGACUAGCAGAUUCUAAAAGAGAAGGGCGUCAGCGGCGUCUUGUACUGGAUGAAGAGCACGAAGACGGAGCAGACCUUGGGGGGAAUAAGUGGAUGAUUAUCCACAUUUAUCAGAGCUGGGUCAGCCGGUGAGUGGGUACAUGCCUGUCCUCUUGAAAAUGAAGUCAGACAGGCAUACUAUAACAUGGGGUAUGUUUUCUUGUCAUCAGACUCAUGCCUCGCCGGCAUACUCACUCCAGCACCAGUCUUUUCAAGACAGCAAUCAUUUAACCAAUGGCAAUUCACUCAGUUUACUGACAUUUUUUAUGAUGACAUGAUCUAGGUAUUCACUGCAUCUUGGGAAACAGUUGUAGGAGUGAUAAAUGCGAAGAGGGUGACGAAAAGGAAAAGAUGUGAGCGGGAGGCGAGACACAAGAUAGGGGUGGGAAAACUUGACAAGAGGAAGAUACAGGAAAGGAUUCUUUGUUGGUAAGUUAUAUCAUAUUGGGAGUAAUGACCCAAGUAGCAGUAGAAGAAAAGUUGAUUAUAUGUUUUGUGGUCAGAAGUGGAAAGGGAUGGGAGAAUGCUCAAAUCAUCAUGGAGGAUGCAUCUCAAGAUCCCAAUUAGGAGCUGUAUUAUUUCAAUCUUGUACGAAUAGAAGAAACUUAAGAAGAAGUCAAGGAAACACUCUCAAAGAAGCUAUUCUAGUUUUGCUGCGAUCUCACUACGAG